AUGUCUCGUUAUAGUGCGCGCAUGCCCUUCGUUUUGGAUCCCGACAAGUACUUCGACAAAUUUGUCGCAGUGGGCAUCGACUUUGGAACAACAUACACAGGUGUUUCCUGGGCUCGAUCAACCGACCCCAAAGACAUAAACCCUAUCACUGGCUGGCCCUCCGAGGAUCACCGCAACAAGAAUGAGAUUCAAGUGCCUACUCUAUAUGAUGUCAAGUCAGAGAAGUGGGAGGACAUCACUAAGGAAGCGGGAGGUGACUCUGUACAGCUUCGACAGACCAUCGAGAUUUCGGAGUCAUCUGGUGAUACCAUCACUCCGGUCCAAGCGGUUGGCCUCUACCUCAAGAAGGUCUGGAAUCACACUUAUCACUCCCUCGGCUCGAUGAUCGACAUUGACAACUUGCCUCUCCGUGUCGCUAUCACGGUUCCCGCCAUCUGGCCCGAUUAUGCUAAGAACCUAAUGAGAGAGGCUGCCAAGAUCGCUGGUAUCACAAAGCACAGAGCAAUUGGCGAAACUACUCUGAUAACAGUCGAGGAGCCAGAAGCAGCGGCUCUGGCCAGUUUGUUCCAACGCAACUCCUUCCUUGACAUAAAGAAAGACGAAUCUUUUGUUGUAUGCGACGCCGGUGGCGGCACAAUAGACGUCAUCAGCUAUACUGUAGUAUCAGAACACCCUUUCAAGCUUGAAGAAUGUAUCCAUGGCAGAGGCAAGCUGGAUGGAGCCUUUCUGAUCGACCAAGCCUUUUUCUCAUACUUACGUGGCAAGGCCAAGCUGAAGAUCAAAUCGCUCAAGGAUUAUGACUACAACCAAUUUAUCUCAAGAGAAUGGGAGCUAGGCGCCAAGAGAAGUUUCAGCAGUGCCGAUGAGCCAGAGUUCUACCAUUUGCAUCCGCCGAGUGAUGCCUAUGGAACCCUGGCUCGGCUGCGGAAAAAAGAGACCCUUGCAAUUAGCAAGCUAGACAUGACAGGGUUCUUUGCUAGAUCGCUUACAGGUAUCAAGUAUUUGGUGGGUGACCAAUGCAAGGAAGUCCAAUUGGUAACAGGAAAAGACCCCAAGAGAAUCCUUCUUGUAGGAGGCCUAGGGAGUUCUGAAUACAUUUAUAAUGUGCUGAACGAGAGUUUUAACAACAAGAUCCUGCGACCUAGUGAAGGAUGGUCAGCCGUCGCCCGAGGAGCAGUUUUGAGGCUGCUCCAAGAAAACAUUGCCUCGCAGAGGGUCAGGUCACCACUGCACACAAAACUCCUCAAUGUACUGCCCGACGUUGUAUCUCGUCGCGCAAGGUAUAACUAUGGCAUAUUGGGCGAUAGACCUAUUGUAGGACUUGAUCUGGACCCCCAAGACGUGGUGCUUAUAAACCCAGAAGGGGUCAGAGUGACUUCCCGAAUGCGUUGGUAUUUGCGCAAGGGCGAAAAGGUCGACAAAGAGUCCCGAAUCCCGGUGGCAUAUCAUGAGUACCGCCGAGCGUGGGAAUACCUGCCACCAAAAUGCACCUUUGAAAUCAUGUAUUGUGGAGACAACGUUGCCCCCAAGAGAAAGACUUCUAGUGUACUCCCCUUAUGUCGUAUAGAGUGCGCAUGGGAUAAGCCUCUGGAAGAGUGGAAGACAGUAGGUGAUCCAUCCGAAGGGUGGAAAAAGCACGAUGAUCUUGAAGUGGCAAUGGGGUUGCGAGGUGAACCCAAGUGGAUGAUUCGAGUUGGAUCGAAGAGGCAGGAGCAUCGUUUUGAUAUAGAGUAUAUCAGUAGUGAGCUGGCAUUAAAAAGAUAG